AAUUAUUAGUUUCUCUUUAGUUCCAAAUCACAAAGGUGAUACCAUUGGCAUGAAAGUCGAGGACGUUUUGAGGGAAUGGGGGCUUAGGAAAGUGUCUACAAUUACCCUGGAUAACGCAACAGCAAAUGAUGUGGCUGUGAGUUAUUUGGAUAGAAGACUUAAGAGCAAGAAUGCUUUACUGGGUGUAGGUGAUUAUUUGCAUAUGAGGUGUGUUGCCCAUGUCUUGAACUUGGUAGUGAGAGAUGGUGAAAAAGAACAUGAAGGGUCUAUUGAAUCAGUUCGCACUGCUGUUAGGUUUGUAAGGUCUUCUCCACAAAGAGCUAUGAAGUUUAAGGAGUGUGUUGAACUUGCGGGCAUAACUUGUAAAAAAAAACUUUGUCUUGAUGUUUCUACAAGGUGGAAUUCCACUUACCUAAUGUUGGAUGCUGCUGAAAAGUUUGAAGCUGCAUUUGACAAUAUGAUUGAUGAGGAUCCUGGAUACAUCGAAUAUUUUGACCUCCUUACCGGUCCACCCGGUUCUCAGGAUUGGAAAAAAGUUAGGGCUUUUGUGGUUUUCUUACAAACCUUCUAUGAGGCAACCAAAGUGUUGUCAACUUCGCAAGAAGUGUCCUUGCAUUUAGCUUUUCAUAACUUGUCUUCAAUUUUGUGUGAGCUUCAAGAAGCUUCAUUUAACUUGAAUUCUUAUGUGGCUCCAAUGAUUUCACAUAUGAAGGUUAAAUAUGAUAAGUAUUGGGGGGAUGUGGGAAAAGUGAAUCAUUUUCUUUACUAUGGAGUGAUCUUUGAUCCUAGGUUUAAGUUUAACUAUAUUGAGUGGUCUUUUAAUGAUAUGUAUGGGCAUUCUAGUGACCUUGCCAAGAAAAAUAUUGAAUGUGUCAAAACUAGUUUGUUUAAACUAUAUAAUUGGCAUAAAUCUGAUCAUGAUAAAAAUGUUGGGGCUAGUCCUUUAAGUGCACCAGGGAGCACUUCCCUUGGAGAAGCAUCUUCCCAACCAAAAGAACCAUCACCUUUUACAAGGGCUAAUGCUUUUAAGAAACAUCUGAAGGAAAAAGACACAAUUGAAAAUGAAAAUGAACUAGAGAAGUACUUAGGUGACCCUUGUUGCGGGGAGGGGGAAAAUUUUAGUAUUCUUAAUUGGUGGAAGGAAAAUUGCACCCGUUAUCCUAUAUUAGCAACCUUGGUUCGGGAUGUGUUGGCAACACCUGUUUCUAGUGUAGCCUCAGAAAGUGCUUUUAGCACGGGGGGGAGGAUUUUAGAUAUCUAUAGGAGCUCUUUGAGUCCAGAUAUGGUCGAAGCGCUUAUAUGUACUCAAAACUGGUUGAAGCCUUCUGACAAUGAUCUAAAUGUCCUUAAUAUGACUGAAGAAUAUGAGAUUAGUGAAUCAAUUGUUUCAGAGUUUCAAGUAGCUACUGGUGGAGCAGCUGCUCCUACACAGGCUGGGCCUGUUUAAUUCUCGCCUAGGUAUGAAAAAUAUAGUUUUGUUUUAUGUCUUACAUUGGUUUAACUAUACUGAUUUGAUUUGAUUUGCAGCUGCGAAUUUUUGAAUAUUUUGGAGUCACUUUGUGAUUCAAUAAGACAAGCCUUUCUUUUUUGGAGUCAUUUUUUGAAACUAAGGAUGGAACCGUUUCAGUAGCUACUGCGUUUGCUGGUCAUCAGGCACGUUGUCUUGGGCUUAUGCAAUUGUUCUUACCGAAGUACACAAACAUAAUGUCACUUGUAUUUCUUUUGCAUUUGUGCUCAAGCUUACAAACUGAGUUUGAAUACUGCAUGUUAUGCUAAUCUGUUUUUGGUGGUGCAGUAUACUGGGAUGAUGUUACUUGAGGAGAUGGCCUGUGUAAUGUUCUCUUGCCUGUGUUGUUAGUUCUGUGCCUUCUCAUUCAAGUUCCAUUGAGUGUGUUGGGUUCGCACCAAGUUUUAUUUAUUCAAAGAUUGCUCAAGUCUUGAAGGACAGUGACAUCCUGGAGAUGACAAUCAGACAGGACGAGUUCAGCUUGUGCCUAGGUCAAGAGGAGGUGAAGAACAGUCUCUAGGGCGUUCAAGAUUUGGUACUGGAAAUGCAGGUCAGGGGUAUACUUUUGAAGAGGUAUAACUUAGUUACAACUUGCCUAAAAUAUCUUAUUUUUGUUAUUUGUGACUGACAUAAAU